AUGUCCGCCAUCCAGAACCUCCACUCUUCCGACCCCUUUGCUGAUGCAAGUAAGGGUCGUGACCUGCUUCCUGCUGGCACCGAGGAUUAUAUCCAUGUAAGAAUUCAACAGAGAAGAAACGGCAGGAAGACCCUUACCACUAUCCAAGGGAUCGCUGAUGAUUAUGAUAAAAAGAAACUAGUGAAGGUGUUUAAGAAGAAAUUUGCCUGCAAUGGUACUGUAACUGAGCAUCCAGAAUAUGAAGUUCAGCUACUGGGUGACUAGCACAAGAACAUAUGUCGGUUCCUGAUAGAGACUGGACUGGCUAAGGUCAAUCAGCUGAAGGUUCAUGGGUUUUAA